CGGAAGCGCUGAGGAGCCGAAGCCGGGACUCGGCGGUGGCCCGGGUCGGUCCCGCGCCACGGAGCGCCGGGCGGCGGGGCGGCGGGGCUCCGGGCUGCAGGGAGGUGCGCGCGUGCGGCCCCCCGGGCGCCGCGGGGGACCAUGUCGACAGCCUCCGCCGCCUCGUCCUCCUCCUCGUCUUCUGCCAGUGAGAUGAUCGAAGCGCCGUCGCAGGUCCUCAACUUCGAAGAGAUCGACUACAAGGAGAUCGAAGUGGAAGAGGUUGUUGGAAGAGGAGCUUUUGGAGUGGUUUGCAAGGCUAAGUGGAGAGCAAAGGAUGUUGCUAUUAAACAAAUAGAAAGUGAAUCUGAGAGGAAGGCUUUCAUUGUGGAGCUCCGGCAGUUGUCGCGUGUGAACCAUCCUAAUAUUGUAAAAUUGUAUGGAGCCUGCUUGAAUCCAGUAUGUCUUGUGAUGGAGUAUGCUGAGGGGGGCUCCUUGUACAAUGUGCUGCAUGGUGCUGAGCCAUUGCCUUAUUACACUGCUGCCCACGCCAUGAGCUGGUGUCUACAGUGUUCCCAGGGAGUGGCUUACCUGCACAGCAUGCAGCCCAAAGCCCUAAUUCACAGGGACCUCAAGCCUCCAAACCUGCUGCUGGUUGCAGGAGGGACAGUUCUAAAAAUCUGCGAUUUUGGUACAGCUUGUGAUAUCCAGACACACAUGACCAAUAAUAAAGGGAGUGCUGCUUGGAUGGCACCCGAAGUAUUUGAAGGUAGCAAUUACAGUGAAAAGUGUGAUGUCUUCAGCUGGGGUAUUAUCCUUUGGGAAGUGAUAACACGCCGGAAACCCUUUGAUGAGAUUGGUGGCCCAGCUUUCCGAAUCAUGUGGGCUGUUCAUAAUGGUACUCGACCACCACUGAUCAAAAAUUUACCUAAGCCCAUUGAGAGCCUGAUGACCCGCUGUUGGUCUAAGGACCCCUCUCAGCGCCCUUCAAUGGAGGAAAUUGUGAAAAUAAUGACUCACUUGAUGCGGUACUUUCCAGGAGCGGAUGAGCCGUUACAGUAUCCUUGUCAGUACUCUGACGAAGGGCAGAGCAACUCAGCCACCAGCACAGGCUCAUUUAUGGACAUUGCUUCUACAAAUACCAGUAAUAAAAGUGACACUAAUAUGGAACAAGUUCCUGCCACAAAUGAUACUAUUAAACGCUUAGAGUCAAAACUGUUGAAAAAUCAGGCAAAGCAACAGAGUGAAACCGGACGGCUGAGCCUGGGGGCCUCUCGUGGGAGCAGUGUGGAGAGCCUGCCCCCAGCUUCGGAGGGCAAGCGGAUGAGUGCUGACAUGUCUGAGAUAGAAGCCAGGAUCGUUGCCACUGCAGCCUAUUCCAAGCCUAAACGGGGCCACCGUAAAACCGCUUCAUUUGGCAACAUUCUGGAUGUCCCUGAGAUCGUCAUAUCAGGCAAUGGGCAACCAAGGCGUAGAUCCAUCCAAGACUUGACUGUCACUGGGCCAGAACCUGGUCAGGUGAGCAGUAGGUCAUCCAGUCCUAGUGUCAGAAUGAUCACUACCUCAGGACCAACCUCAGAGAAGCCAGCUCGCAGUCACCCAUGGACCCCUGAUGAUUCCACAGAUACCAAUGGUUCGGAUAACUCCAUCCCAAUGGCGUAUCUUACACUGGAUCACCAGCUGCAGCCUCUAGCACCGUGCCCAAACUCCAAAGAAUCCAUGGCAGUGUUUGAACAACACUGUAAGAUGGCACAGGAAUAUAUGAAAGUUCAAACCGAAAUCGCGUUGUUGCUUCAGAGAAAGCAAGAACUAGUUGCAGAAUUGGACCAGGAUGAAAAGGACCAGCAAAAUACAUCUCGUCUGGUACAGGAGCAUAAAAAGCUUUUAGAUGAAAACAAAAGCCUUUCUACUUACUACCAGCAAUGUAAAAAACAACUAGAGGUCAUCAGAAGCCAACAACAGAAACGACAAGGCACUUCAUGAUUCUCUGGGACCGUUAAAUUUUAAAAUAUGCAAAGACCUUUUUUUAAAAAGACAAACGAUAUGACAAUUUAUGAGUGUUAGCUUUUUGGCGUGUUCUGAAUGCCAAAUGCCUGUAUUUGCUGCAUUUGUUAUGUCACUUAUUUUUCUUCUUAUGGUGGAUAUACACUCCACUGUCUUGUUGCAUAAGAUGAUAGCACCUGUGACUUGGAAAGGGGAGCGUUCUCAGCUUCAGAGCACAUGCAAUGAACUUGGCUGUAUCUGCAUGCUCCUGGUGUGAGCUAGCUGACAGGUGGGGCUAUCCCUCCGGCUGCUGUGUGCAAGCAUCGUCCUCUUCUCUGUAGUGAAAGGUGGAACCUCAAGGAUUUUCUUCUUAGAGUUCAUCUCAAAAAUCUGUUACUUUUUUUUCCCCAAAAGAUGGUAUGCACCAACAUAAAGACAGGGUAUUAUAAAUAACUGGUGGUACAUUAUAGAAGGACAGAACGUUUAGACUGAGUUCAAAGACAGGGUUUUGUGCCAACACAUCCUGGAUCAAUACUAAACAUAGUUUCAUCUGUUAAUAGUAAAGGUAAGUGGUGGCAGCUGUGAUUGGUGAAAGCGAGGUUAGUGAUUUUCAUUAGGCUGAACAUCAUUCAUGAGAUGCUAAAUAUCAUGCUCUUUUUUUUACACCCUAAGAAUUUUCAGUUCUGGGUGGAGACAGAAGUUUUUCUGACUUUUAAUAUUAGUAGCAGAUGAAAUUUUAAAAAACAGAACAUGAUCUAGCUUAAAUGAUCCUUCUUGCAAAAAUUAUUGAACUAUUUUAUGAUAUAUUUGAAGAAAAUUGAAAAAAAAUAGAAACAUAAAUAAUUGGCCCAGCUAAAAAGGCUUGAAGUUAGAUGUCUGAUUGUUUUAAACAAUAAAGCAGGCAAACCAGGAGACCUGAGUAAGGAAGAUGAAAUAAAAUUAAACCAGCUCUCCAUAGCUAUUUGGAGGGUUUAUUCCUCUGAAGUCUGCUCUGGAAUGCCUGUUGUCUUCCCAUGCUUUUAAGAGAAUCUCAACACUUACAAAGAGAAUAUUUAUAUUGUUAGCAUUAAGUUUACUAUCAACCUUCAGAAUAACUUAAAGGUAAUAAUAAAAUGCCAUUGAAAAAAAUUAAUUCCCUAAGAUCUUUUUUUUUUUUCAGUCCAUGUUAACACGUUUUAAUAAUAGUACAAGAAUGUCUUUUAAAUAAGGGUGCCAUCAGCCUCACCUUUAUAGUGUUCAUGUUUGAAAGAGGACACUUUGGAACUGAAAGUAUGAUUGUUGUGGUCCUUAAAUGUCUAUGGUGUUCCUGCUCUGUUUCAGAUGAGCACAAGAAACUGUCAAAACUGUUCUUAAAAAUACUAAAGCAGCUAACUUUUCUUCCAUUAUUUUUUUCCUUUCUGAGUUUUACAGUGAAUCUGUAUACAAAUACUGUAUAAAAACAGUAAAGGUAAGGGACAGUUUGUAGUAACAUGUGUCUUCCUCAAAACCUUGUACUAGAAAGCUGCUGGGAGCUAAGGCUCUUCGUUCACACAAAUAAGGUUAUUAUUCCCAAAUUCUAAUAGGUGAAGUGAAUGUUGGGCUCAACAUUAAGAGUGAAAUAAGUCUGACACGGAAGGCAGCCGUAGUCUGAGACAAAGACCAGUGUCUGCCUGACGCUGCUGUCUGCAUACAGCUGGCACGCCACAGAAGGGGCAUGUCUCUGUUAUGCAGCUUGUCAAAAGUAUCUUGAAAUAUGAAUACUGAGGUUUGGCUUUCCACUAGAUUUCACAUUACAUUGUUGUAAUCUCAUUUCUAGUCAGAAGUUUGUUUAGCAAGAUCAUCCUACAACUAAAAGGAAAUUUCAUCAGCAGCAUCAUUAUAUACAGUCACUUGAUAAAGUUAUUCAGACAGGCAAAUGGAAGAAAGUGCUAAAUUUACUGAUGAUACCAGUGUCAGAAGGCUGUUAAGCAGUUGCUUGUUUGUGGUCAGUUCCUUUGGGCUUUUGGUACUGUAGUGGCCCUGGACAGCCACACUCGUGUUUCUUACAGUUCCAACUAUCCCAGAAGAUGAGAACGACACCAUGCAUACUUGAAAACCAUACCAGUUUCCUCCGUGUCGCUACCCAUAAAACCUUCAAAUAUCCAAAGUACCAAGGAGCCAAAUGUGUCACUAAUUCUUGUUCUACAGUGUGUUUAAGCAUCACUUUUUGGGUGGAAGUGGCAAACAGACAGACAGGUUUACUAAAAUGAUGUCUAAGAAUCAGUCAGUCCCUGCAUAGACACUAGCAGCAUUUUGUUCUCCCUUCCAGGAAGGAAGCAAAGUUGUAUAAUGUGGACAGAAAUCCUCCUCAACAAUAAAACUGUUCUGGGUUGAAUAAAGUCGGUUAAGAAUGUUA